UAUAUUUAUUUCAGUCCUACCAAAGAGAAAUACCCUAGACCUAUGGAGCACAUCAGAAUCACCAGAGAACGUUGAUCUUUCUGAAUGCGCUGCAGCGCACUCAAGGUGUCUCCAGAGCUGCGGUGAUCCGUCAAUGGUGGACAAUUGGAUCGGAAACGAAGAAUGUGCCAAGUGCCAAGAAAAUGCACGUUCUUUUAUCGAGUUAUGCCCUUUGAGACCUAACACUGUGGUUCCUCGAAUACUAGUGGUCGUUGCUCACGAUAUCUUUGAAAUAUUUGAUAAAAAUCACAUCGAUGCGAUAGUUUAUUUGGUGGCAUUUUGGAAUGGUGUGGAUUUGAGAUACAGAUACUUUGAAAAUCCCAAGUUCAGGUUAAAUAUCGCGGGCAUUGUGUUGACUGAGGAUUCUAAAGCUCUGGAAUACAUGACAGCCCAUGUGAUUGACGAAACCACUGUGGAAGUUUUUGAUACCCAAGACGGUAGCAGACGUUAUUGGUACGCCCGAGGCCAUGAUAUUCCAUUCGAUACCUACGACGUAGUCGUGACAAUGACCUCAAAACAGAUGUGCGAAUUUCCCCCCGACGAGAAGGAGAAAGGAGUAUGCAAAGGAGGAAUUUUAGGAAUCGCCGAUGUGGGUGGAGCUUGUGCAAGAUCUGAUUCCAGCAAAGAGCUUUUGAAUGUAGCUAUAAUUCAGGACAAAACCGCAUUUAAUGGCAUUCACACAGCUGUGCAUGAGCUUGCUCACUUAUUUGGGGCGAAGCACGAUGGAAUCAUGCGAACGCAGGAGUGCUCUCCGGAUGAUGGAUAUAUAAUGUCCAGUGGGCCACGUUUAAACGACAAAUCUGCCCAAUGGUCCAACUGUACCCUAAAGGAUAUCCAACACUUCCUCGAUAACAAUCCAAAUUGCCUCAACAAUAAUAUCGAGGAUGGAGAAGUGCUACCUGUUUAUCUCCCGGGAAAAUUCUUGGACGCCGACGGUCAGUGCUAUUGGGUAAUGAAAACUAAAGCUUGCAACAUGAGCUCUUCGAUCUGUCGAUCGCUAAGCUGUCAACACCCAUUUUCGGGAGCUUGCACAAAAAUCGGUCAUCCUGCAGCUGAUGGGACAACUUGUGAAAGUGAAAAAAUCUGUUUGUAUGGAGAAUGUAUCCACGAAUCGAUGAUUUAUUCAUAGACAAAACAAAGACUGA